CAGAAUAGGAGGCGCGGGUUGCAGUGCGUGGCCGUCAGUGCCAAGGCCGGUGUCAGGUGUAGACGGGCUGGCAGGAGGUGCUACUUAAGGCGGAGAGGCGGGCGGGGGCAUCAUUCUCAUCCACGCGUCUCGGCAUGAAGGUUGUGACGCAGGUGGUGGUGUGCUUAGGAGUGUGGGUGGCGGCAGCGGCGGCGGCGGCAGACCCAGAUGGCUCCUACCACCUAGACUCCCGUGGGGUGCAGGUGCAGUUAGGACUCACGCCGCCCCACCAACUGCUCGAGACCCACCGCGCCGCCACUCAGACCUACAGGCGUGACGGUGAUGCCGCGGGAAUGCCAUAUGAGGCGGCCCGGACGGAGCCGCGCGAUUCUAGUCCCCAGUACGCGUGGGCAUACGAAGUUGCCGCACCAUCUAGCGGAGACAGGAAGUCAGCGCGGGAGGAGCGUCGCGGGGACGUGGUGGUGGGGCAGUACAGCCUGGUGGAGCCUGAUGGUUCUUAUCGUGUAGUGGACUAUUUCGUAAGACCGGACACUGGCUUCCACGCAACUGUCAACAAAGACGAGACCCCUGAGGCUUUGGCUCAACAGUAUGCAGUCCAGUACUCAGCGCAGAGGCACAAACAGCCACUCACACCCACUCAAACCCACGACCAGCGUGUUCAACAGGCAAUCAGAGAUCACUUCAAGACUCCACAACUCAGGGAUCAGUUCCACAGCCCACAGCCUAAAGACCACUUCCAAAGCCCACAGUUCAGGGCUCAGUUACAAAGUCCACACGUUAAAGCUUCUAUCGAUACCCCACAGCUCAAAGAUCAGAUGCAAACCCCACAGGUGAGAGAUCAUAGUCAUAGUCUAAAGGCUAAGGAGCAUUUCCAGACUCCACAGUUAGAGCAUCAGUUCCAGAGGUCAGAUGUUAAAGAUCCCUCCCAGAGUCAACAGUUCACGCAUUUCAAAGAUCAGUUACAAAACCCACAACUUAAAGAGCAGUUCCAAAGCCCACAACUUAGAAAGCAAACCCCAACCCAAAAGACUGAAGACCAUUUGCAAACCCUACAAAUGAAGAAGCAGUUCCAAACCCCACAAAUGAAGGAGCAGUUCCAAACCCUACAAAUGAAGCAGUUCCAAACCCCACAAAUGAAGGAGCAAUUCCAAACCCCACAAAUGAAGGAGCAAUUCCAAACCCCACAAAUGAAGGAGCAAUUCCAAACCCCACAAAUGAAGGAGCAAUUCCAAACCCCACAAAUGAAGGAGCAAUUCCAAACCCCACAAAUAAAGGAGCAGUUCCAAACUCCACAAAUGAAGGAGCGGUUCCAAACUCCACAAACGAAGGAGCAGCUCCAAAGCCCACAUGUUAAGGAGCAGCUGCAAAGCUCACAAUUCAAGCAACAUUUCCAAAGUCCACAGUUUAAGGAACAAUUCCAGAGUCCACAAUUUCAGCAGCAGUUCCAGAGCCAACAAUUUAAGGAGCAAUUUCGAAGCCCACAAUUCAAGCAGCAUUUUCAAAGCCCACAGUUUAAGGAACAGUUCCAAAACCAACAACUUCAGCAGCAGUUUCAGAGCCCACAAUUCAAAACUCAGUUCCAAAGCCCACAGCAGCAAUUCCAGAUCUCACCGAUGCCAAGUCAACAGUUCAUGGGUCAACCAAUACCACAUUUUCAAUUCCAAAACCCACAGUUCAGUGGGCACCAUUUCUUCAGAAGACAGUCCCAAACCCCACAGAUCCAGAGCUCACACUUCAGAGAUCACUUUGCCAUGCCACAGGGUAUGGAUCGUUUUAAUAUGCAGCUGCUAGGAAAUCAGUUCAAACAUCCAUAUUUCAGCAGACACCAGUUCCUAAACCAAGGGCUCAACCAAGAACACUUCCGAAGCCAAGAUCUCAUGAAAACUGUUCAGAAUCAACAGUCACCGAAUCAAGAGCCUGGCAGGGAUCAGCUCCAACCCCAAAUGACUGAAGGCAAAAUUAAGGACAAAAUAACUGAAGAUCGGGUCCGAAGCAAGCCAGACAAGAAAGAUCACCAGUCCCCUGACCAAAGAGGUGAUGGAAGUUACCUGCAAGACCAUCAAAAUAAAAAUCAGCAACCUGAAAGGCAUGAACUUCAUAAGGACCAAUUCCGCGACCAACAAACUAAAAAUGAUCAAUUACCUGAAACUCACGACAGCAGAAGCCGGUUUCAGAACCAAGAGUUCAGCGCAGAUCAAAUUGUGGGACGACUCAAUGAGAGACGGUUUCAGAAUCAUGAGAGUCAAUUUCAGAAUCAGAGAACUCUUUCAAGAACAUUUCAAAGUGAAAAUAUGAAACAGGAUGAACAGCAGCGUAGCGGCCAGCAAGGCCAUGCUCAGCUAAGCUCCGUGCCUGGUUCUGGCGUCACCCUGAAAACUUCCCUUACCCCCUUCGAUAGUGAGCACCGUACUCAAGGGUUCACUAGACAAGGGCAUAGCAGCGACAGAAGCAGUGGGGCCCAAACGUACUCUUCCAUGCAGGGACACCCCGAAAUCCGUCCCCGCCCUGUCAACUCUCCGGUGGGCGUGCCUCUCAUCCACCACUAGUUAUAUCGAAUUCAAAAGAAGUUGCUAACUAUUCAGGUGACGGUGGCACCCAGGAAGCCUCCGCGUAGUGUGCUGGUGAAGGUCGGUUCUGCUUCCUCCUGGGUCUCUAGUUUGGUGCCUCGAUACAUUAGUGUGUUGUUACUGCCUAUCUGGCCGCGCGACGCCACCAUCACGAAAGCUCAGCUUGCCAGCUGCUGGUAGGUGCUGAGGAUCAAACUCACAGGUACAUUUUUAUGUGCUCGACGCAGCCUUCAUGUCCUGGCUGCUGGCAGCACAGCAAUCCUACGAUGAUGCCUUUAUACUAAAUAAAAAGCGUAGCAUUCCU